UCCUGACGCACUGUGUUGUGCUGCGCACGGCGCCAUCAGAUCCGCUCAGAAAGCAAAUGCACCCGGUCUGGACUGUCAGGAGGACUUUCAGCAGAGCAAAAACACAGUCGAAUCUGUUCAUCAUCGAGGAUUGUCUACAUCACAGACACAAGUUCUACAAGCAUGAUGAGAAACAGGGGAUUAUAAUGUAAUGAGGGGUGAUUUUGCGAUGCUCUACGAGGCACCACUGCGGGAGGCUGGAGAACCAUCGGCUUGACAGUGAACAGAUUUCCACGAGAUUCCCACGGAGCUCUUGUAAGCGAGAUGAGCAACCCGCGGGUGUAAUCGUGCACAUGGAAAGCGCGAUCCACGGCGCGUGAACGCACGCACGGUGAUCCGUGUAUUCUCUGCGCUUUGGACACUUAGGACACCUUUCUCACCGGAUAUUCUUAGAAAUCUUCGACUGUAGAUACGUUUCGAUAUUUAACUUAUCUGUUUGUAUUGUGCAUCAUUUAUUUAUUUUUAUAAAGCGACAGAUUAUGUUGAACUAAAAGGAUUUUCCAAACCCAUCACACUAUAGUGUCACUGCACAGACAGCUUUCUCGGUAUCCAUCCAUCCUUCUUUUGAGCUGUAUAUGAUGCAGCAGUAAUGAUCCCGGUCCAGCGCGUUAAAGCUCAGCCUCAGCUGUGGCACGUGAGCGCCGAAGCUCCUCCGUGGCUAUGGAUGGUCCCGAACUCCUCCGGACUGUGUCGGGCGGCUCCUCCCGUGCUCAUCUCCUCUCGCCCUCCUCCGGUGAUUCAGACGGUCUCGGGAUGGCAGAUGUCCUGCGAUCCGUUUGUGCCCGUGAUGCGCGCGGCCGCCGCGGAACCCGCGACCAUCAGUCAGUUCAGUCUGCCCAGUGUUCAGUGGGAGAUCCCGUCCAGGCCUCAUGUGUUGGGUUUCCAACCUUCUGCAAGUGUGGAUCUACUUCCAGUGUUUCCUCAUGUAUACCGGACGGUCCUGCCUCCACAUUACGGCAAGGGCUGGGUGGAAAAACGUGUGCCUGACUACAAGUUUUAUCUAAACAACACUUUAGCUCUUGAGACCACCUGGAUCAGUCCGGAGGAAAUGGGAAUUUUCCAGCAUCAGGAAAAGCCACUGCUGCGGACAAAUCAAACAGCGUUGAGCAUAUAUAGGCCAGCUGCAGCGUCCAGGAAUAUCCACACUCUACUUUUGACACCCAGGCGCGUUUCAGGUUGUCCCAUGGCCAUUAAGCGAGUAGGAAGUUCUAAACGGAUCGCUCUGGCAGCAGCAGCCAUGAUGGCGAUGGAUUCUGACGUGACACAGGGACCAUCUGUCUCUUCUGCUCACCCUCUCCACCUGCUCUCGCUCUCACCCCUCAAUCUUCCCUUUCUAACGGCACCUCACACAGGAACACGGAGGAGCUGGGAAGGCUUGCUGGGACCCAUCCUGCCCUCUCGGAUCACCGCAGUAACAUCACUCACUGCUCCUGGAGUGACCCUACUUACUGGAAACUGGAAAAAGCAAAGAGUAACAGAUAAGAUUUUGGAAUUGAAGAAGCCAUCCUGCACAGAUGCCUUAGUGCUCCGCCGAAAUCCAAACCCAGAGGCUAAAGCUGAGGAUGGGCCUUUUAAAGUCAGUAUGGAUGAGGACAGCUCACUCAAAGACAAGCGGCCAGUUGCAUCUACACCUAUACCUGGAUCACCAUGGUGUGUAGUGUGGACAGGUGACGACAGGGUGUUUUUCUUCAAUCCCACCAUGCAUUUGUCAGUAUGGGAGAAACCAAUUGAUCUAAAAGACCGUGGAGACCUCAAUCGAAUCAUUGAGGACCCACCACAUAAACGCAAGAAAGACUCUUUAGACGAUGGCUCAAAUGCUGAUGCUGAUGAUGAGGAUGAUGAUGAAGAGGAACAUAGUUUAAAGACUAAACGUUACAAACUGGACCAUCCUGUUGAGUGUGAAGGAAAAAAUGGAUCAUCUCUUCGGAUGGUUCUGCCGCUGGAGCACAGGAUCAGCCACUUCAGAGACAUGCUUCUGGAAAGAGGGGUGUCCGCGUUCUCCACCUGGGAGAAAGAACUGCAUAAAAUUGUAUUUGAUCCGCGGUACCUGCUGCUAAGUCCAGAGGAACGAAAACAGAUUUAUGAUCAGUUUGUCAAAGCAAGAAUGGAAGAGGAGCACAAAGAGAAAAAGUGCAAACUCCAGCAAGCGAAAGAAGAGUACAGAAAACUGCUAGAAGAAUCAAAAGUCACAUCCAGGUCGACGUUCAAAGAAUUUUCAGAAAAGUGUGGAAAAGAUCCGCGAUUCAAACAGGUUCUGAAGAGGAAAGACCAGGAGCUGUUUUUCACCCAGUUCAUCAAUGUGUUAAAGAAGCGGGACAAGGAGAACAGAAUUCGUCUGAGGAAGAUGAGAUGAGUGUUUGCAGACAGGGCUGUGAACUCUUUACAGUACUGUGAACUGAGUUCCUGUGACUGUUUAUCACAGUGUAUACCGAGAUACCAUCUGCCCAUGUUUCUUACCAAACCUCAGGGCAGUUUGCUUUUCAAUGACUUGACUUUCCAACAAACCGAACAAAGGCAGAACCAGCUGAGUAUAAGCAGCAGUUUGGAAAUGAACUCUGUAUAUCUGAAUGUGUUUCAUAUUGAAGCUCUUAAUCUCCGGAGUAUUACAAGGUUCUGAAAUCACAACUCUGAACACGAAUACAGAGUUUGACUCACUGGAAGUAUCUAAAGCCAUUGACCUGUGCACACAGGUGGAAAAUGAUUUUUAUAUUAAUUGUACAUAAGUGUUGACUUGCCUGGCGCUGUGCUAAAAGUGACCGUUGAAGUGAAAUCAUUUUGUCAGAGUGUGACACAGAUUCUCCACAGCAUCGGUGAGAAUCAGUAAGUGGUGUUGUGUAUCCAUAGAAUUUUUCAAAUGCUGUUUAACGGUUUGUUGUAAUUACAUUUGUCAUGAUAUCGUAAAAAUUUAAGUGAUACUUUUUACUGAGGAUUCAUGUACAGUUAUAUGAAAUGUUGUAAUACUUCACCCAAAAUGAACAUUUGCUGAAAAUGUACUAACCCUGAGGCCAUCCAAGUUUCUUCAACCAAACAUCCAAACUAUAGGGUCAUCUGUAGUGAAUGGGUGCCGUCAGAAUGAGAGUUCAAACAGCUGAUAAAAAACAUCACAUAAUGCUCAUUU